UGUUAACCCAUAAGUUUGGCAGUAUUGGUCAGAAGGAUGGGGAAUGACUACCGUCCUCCCCCGAACAUAACGCACACCCUCUUUAUGGCUGUACCCGACUGGAAACAUAGCUUGUAUACAUUUGUUAUGAGGGUGCGUUUUUUGAGGAUUCUGCUGCUCUUGUGGGGCAGUCGUCUGCUUCGUUGCAGUCGACAGGCUGUAGCAGCUGUCAGAAUUCUUGUCAGAAGAAUCCGAUCUGAUCUGAAAUGGUGGGAUUGCUGACUUCUGCCCAUUCCGUACUGCCACGUGCAUCUGUCGUUUGCAGAGCUGACACGUGGCACCAGCACCGCCAUUGAUCAGUUGUUGUCAGAAGAAUCUGUCGUUUGCAGAGCUGACACGUGGCACCAGCCCCACCGCUGACAGAGGAAUCCGAUCUGAUCUGAAAUGGUGCGAUUGCUGCCUUCUGUCCAUUCCGUACUCCCACGUGCAUCUGUCGUUUGCAGAGCUGACACGUGGCAGGAGCACCACCACUGAUCAGGUAUUGUCAGGAGAAUCUGUCGUUUUGCAGAGCUGACACGUGGCACCAGCACCACCGCUGACAGAAGAAUCCGAUCUGAUCUCAAAUGGUGCGAUUGCUGCCUUCUGCCCAUUCCGUACUGCCACGUGCAUCUGUCGUUUGCAGAGAUGACACGUGGCACCACUGCCACCGCUGAUCAGGUGUUGUCAGGAGAAUCUGUCGUUGCAGAGCUGACACGUGGCAGCAGCACCACCGCUGAUCAGGUGUUGUCAGAAGAGCCUGACGUAACUUCGAUGCGGGGUUUUGUCCGUUGUAGGCGCGACAGGCUGCCGUGUAAGGACUCACUGUUGUUCGUAGAGUUGGAAACGAUUCGACUUGGUGGGGCCGGUGCCGCAGACUGAGUUGUUGUCACAAGAAUCUGACAUGAUUUGACACUGGGCUCAUGGGCUGCUGUCCUCUGAGCACUCUGCAGAUAAUCUUGUCAGUUACAGACAGGACAGGUGGCAGAGAAGCUGGCUUCUUAGCAAAUGCCGGAGUUAACUUAGAUGAUUCAGACAUCAGGAUUAUGGGGCUUCUCUCUCUCUGCCUUCGGAGCAGUUUGGAGGCUCAGCGUUGCCGCUCGCUCUAGAGAACUUCGGCCUGAGCAUGAUGGAUUACCUUCUGUCGAGGACGUUGACUUCUUGCGAACGAACUUCGGCUCGAGCAUGAUCACCAUGCAGCCUUCGCUGCAGGCUUCAAAGUCUGACCCUGCAGGCUUCAGAGUCUGACCUUGCAGGCUUCAGAGUCUGACCUUGCAGGCUUCAGAGUCUGACCUUGCAGAUUUUAGAGUCCGACCUUGCAGACUUUAGAGUCCGACCUUGCAGGCUUCAAAGUUUAGCCUUGCAAGCUUCAGUCUAACCAUGCAGCCUUCGCUGCAGGCUUCAAAGUCUGACCUUUCACGCUUCAGAGUCUGACCUUGCAGGCUUCAGAGUCUGACCUGGCAAGCUUUAAAGUCUGACCAUGCAGAUUUCAAAUUCUGACCUUGCAGGCUUCAGAGUCUGACCUUGCAAGCUUAAAAUCUGACCAUGCAGGUUUCAAAUUCUGACCUUGCAGGCUUCAGAGUCUGACCUUGCAGGCUUCAGAGUCUGACCUUGCAGGCUUCAAAGUCUGACCUUGCAGGUGCCAGAGUCUGAUCUUCCAAGCUUAAAAGUCUGACCAUGCAGAUUUCAAAGUCUGACCUUGCAAGAUUAAAAGUCUGACCAUGCAGGUUUCAAAUUCUGACCUUGCAGGCUUCAGAGUCUGACCUUGCAGGCUUCAAAGUCUGAUCUUGCAGCUGUCAGAGUCUGGCGUUCUGGGUGUGUCUUGACAUUGAGUGGCAGUCUGUGAGUGAUCUUUUGAACUAUAUGCAACUCAGGGCGUACUCAUGCAAGGACUCUUUGUCGACUGAAUUCUGGAUGUCAUUGUGGUCAAGCAAAUUCAGGUCUUGCCAUGAUAGCGAUGAGAUGCAUCCCGGGAAGUCAUCGUAUGAAUGUGCCCUUAGACAGUGAGUGGGAAAGUUUUGUGUCAGGGUGCCCUAAGUGGGUUUAUCGCCAUGCCACGGCAGUUUUUUUCGGGGCAUUGAGGGAUCACGCAGACCAGCAGAGGCUGGAACUGACCAUGAGUGGAAGUGACCCUGUGAGAUGUAUACCGGGAGGAUAAACAUGCUGAAAGCGCGGUCUCAGUCGGUAAUCACACUGAAAGCGCGGUCUCAGUCGGUUCUUGGCUGUACGUAUAUGUGUUGAGGAUGCAGAAAGUCCCUCGCUUCCUGCAGCAGAUACACUUGACCUGAAGCAGGGGCCGAGUCCGGCCCCGAAAAGCUGUAGUUUGAGUCCGUCUGCGGAGUGCUUGCAUCACAGGACCUGACGAGGUCGUACUCUGAUGCUACUGCCUGUGCCUCAGUGGCGUUCCGCUGUUGGCACGCUCCCGCUCCCCCUCUUCUCCCACCCUUUGCUUGUUGCAUUUCUAUCGAACAGUUUGGGGGAUCGUCCUCGUGUUCUAGCACCGAGCAGUUUCGAGAGAUUCUGGUCGCAGCUCGGUAUGAUUCAUUCGAGAGAUUCUGGUCGCAUCUUGGUAUGAUUCACCCACGGUCGGGAAUGGUUUCUGAGCGUGCAAGUCUUGUGCUGCAGUGGAGCAAAAAAAAAGUCCUUAGCGCUCAGAAACAAUCUUGACUUGAAUCCAUUUGAGGCUUGCCCUUCGAUAUACCAUAUAGCUCCCGCGUCUGCACUGGUAAAUUUUGACUGCGGCCUCUUCUUUCGAACCGAGAACAGAGCCGCAUAACUUAACCUAAGAUACUACUCUGUGCAGACAUUAUGAAUAAAGUGGACUCAGAUUCCGUGAACGAUGAAUUCUGUAAGGAAAGAAAAAAGAAGUUCGGCGUAGGUAUACGCAGGUGUACCUUUCUUGGCCUUUUGGCUAAGAUCAAGUGUAGUAUCUGUUCUGAUCAGUUCAAUAAUAAAAUAAAAUAAAAGAAGUUCGCCGUAGGUGUGGACGAGUGGUUAGCAAGGGGUGUAGUGAAAUGGUGGUGGCAUCGAUAUUUUAAGGUUGCCGAAUAUGAGGCAAAAGACCAUGUGGGUGGCUGCAGAAUGAACUUAAAGCAAACUAGCGAUGCUCUUACCCCUGUCGAAAUGUACCUAGACUUACAAACAGCUAGGUGCGGAGUCUGUUCAGGGGCGCGUACGACAGUCGGUUGAAGUGGAAAUUUGCUGCUUUGCCGAGCGGAGGAAGUCAGGUGAGGAGGUCAUGCAGCUAGGGACCGGUGUCACCACCCUUAGGGAAGGUAAGUUGUGCCCCGCGAGAACCCAUCCUGUCGUAGGGGACCGCGGGAUGUACGCCUGGCGCACUCGGCCGGAGCGGCGAAGGGUGGACGCGGGUUACCGUGUCGUCCCCGAGUUGUUUCUAAAAAGUUGAAAGCCUAAGUUUCUCCUGUGUGAUGCGGCCGGGAGGGCCCUCGCUCCUGCGGGGGCCGAUGCGCUCGACACCGGGACGAAGGAACGUAUGACGAGGGAAACGGAACCGGAUGAGGGAGGUAAGACGACGAUCGGUGUGAGGCUCGCACUCUUAGGGCAUACAUACUAAGGUGUCGUGCAACAAUAGGUGUGGGGACCACCAACACUAUAACUUUCCCGGGAGUGCUUGACCAUUUUGGCAGUUGAAAUCAGUUGUAAAGAAUGCGGACAUGGGUAUGGUCGAUGCGGGUAAAUCAGCAGAGGCUCGCUGAAGGUGCUCCCGAAUCGUAUGUCUGUAUUGUACAGCAGCAUCACUUUGUCGUCGUGUACAUGGGGUUCGACCGCUGACAAGAAUACGGUCUGAGGGUGGCCUUUUGAAACUACAGUGAGAGUUGCAUGCGCAGUGUUGUACGUGGAGAACCGGAAUUACAGCACGUGUGCCUUCUGCCUUUCCCUUGCGAUGAGGAGCAUUCACGUGCGAUUGGCGGAGCAGGUACAAUGUGUGCAAGUCCAGCAAAGUGAGGAGAAGUGAAUCUUUUCGGUGGUGCUGAAGUUUGUUCGCCAAGUCAAGAUGAGGUCGUAGAGAGUAAUAAUAAUAAAGAAAGGUUUGUGGAGGUGGUGACUAAGGCCGUAUUCACACUAGGACUUUUUGGUUGGACUGAAUCUGGCUGGAAUUGUAAGUCACAUUCGGGGAAGUCCUAGUGUGAGUAUGGUCUACUUGGUACAUUACCUGAAUUGCUGUUUUGACACAGCGUCCUCGGUUUCCAAUUUACUCU